AUGCUGACGCUGUUGGAGCCUCCCGGUGCGAAGCGCGUUCAAGCGCUCGCCAACCGUUCUGCGCAACAUCUUCUGCGGCUCAAUCCAGAAGAUGAAGAAUACUUUGAUGCAACAGAUUAUGACUCUGCAAAUGAUGUCAUCACAAGUAGUAGUGCAUUUACACGUUUUCUGGACAAGUACUUGGUUUGGAAAUCAAGUUCGGAUGACUACAAUGACCGCUGGAAACGUGAAUUUCUAAAGCAGCCGUCUUGGUGUGAUGCAGAUCUUUGCUUGCAACAGAUAAAAAGGGGCAAAGCAAGCGGUAACAAAUGGGCCCUUUACAUGCGAAGUUUCAUCCAGAAGACUCUGUUCUCACUUGGGAACUUCGUUCAUGCAAAUGCAGCGACAGUCAUAGUCGCAGUGCUGAUGCUAUUCUCCAUUUGCUGUUACGGCUUACAAUUUGUACAUAUCGAGACGGACAUUGUGAAAUUAUGGGUGGCUAAGGGCGGACGACUUGACGAAGAGCUCAAUUUUCUAUCACGAAUACAAGCCACUUUGAAUUACAACGAAUCGAGAGGCGGUAGCGAAAUUGUGCGGGAAAAUGGUCUUGGCGGUGGAUAUCAAGUUGUGAUUCAAACUCCUGAAUAUCCUGGCCAAAACGUAUUGGAUAGGGAUCCGUUACUGAAACAUGUCGAUACAAUGAGGGAGAUCGCCAAUUUCAGCAUUGAGAUACACAAUGUCAGUUGGUCAUUAUCCGACAUAUGCUUCAAGCCUGCUCCACCGGAAUUAGAUGGCAUCGCUGCCGAAAUGGCUGAUGUGAUCGAAAGAAUUGUGCCAUGCAUCUGGAUCACCCCGAUUGACUGUUUUUGGGAAGGCGCUAAAGCUCUUGGACCACAUCCACCGAUAGAGACAAAAGAUCUAUCUGUGCUGGCUUGGCUGAAAUCAAUACCAAAUAGGAAGUAUAUCCAAUGGACUGAUUUUGACCCUAUGGACGUCAUUAAUGAGAUUCAUCGGAUGUUCAACCUUGGCUCGCAUCACACAUUCUUUGAGAGGGCUGGUCUUGGCCACGGAUACCUCGACAGACCAUGCAUGAAUCCCCUCGAUCCAGAAUGUCCUAAAAUGUCUCCAAACUACUAUGAUGUUUGCCCACUUCUUGCAAAAUUUCGUGAAUAUGCCAACAACAACAAUAUCACUAUGGUACCAGAUGACUUCUCGCACGACGUCUACGAAUUUGAUUUGUUUUCAAUGUUCAAUAUUGGAGGUAGACGACGUAGAAGAAGACGAAGCAUAGAUGGAGUGACAAUUGAUGAGGACGCUUUGAAUAGGAAUGAGACUGAGAUUCCGGUGCCUAUCAAUCCAGAAAUUCUUGCAGCUGUCACCGCUCAAGAAGAAGCGGAAAAGAAGGCCAAAGCAGAAAGAGCCGCUGCAGAAGAUUGUAAAAAAUAUCGAGGACCAAUGAUGCGUUGGAUGUUCGCAAACCUUGAUAAAUGGGCCGAUUUUCUGCAAGAGUCGGAGUAUCCACGUUUCCCCGACUACGCUCACGUCAUGUCGGGUGGGUGUCCUGGUUUCGCUGCGGGGGUGCUGCACUGGCCGGAAGAUAUGAUUCUUGGAGGAGUAAAACGACAAGGCAGAGGGGUCGACAUGCAGUCUGCUGAUGCUUUGCAAAGUGUUUUCUUGGUAGCAAGCCCCAAUGACGUGUUUCUGCGAUUCAAACAGAAAGGAGAUCUUCCAAUGGCUAAACCGGAUUUGGAUCAGACACGGUGGAAUGAAAAGUUAGCUCAAGAGGUGAUCCAACAAUGGCAACGCAAUUUCACACAAAUGCUGUACAAACACAAAGCGAAUUUUGAUGAAGAAGGUUUUGAACGUCGAACUAUUCAUCCACUCGCUUCAACAUCUAUAGCUGAUAUGUUGGAGGAGUUCUGCCAGUUCAACUACAAGAUCAUCUUCGUUGGUUAUGGAUUAAUGCUUGUGUAUGCAAUUUUCACUCAAAUGAAGAGAGAUGGUUGCCUUCCUUCAUCGCAAUCGUGCAUGGGACUUGCUCUCGCCGGUGUACUAACAGUAACAUUCGCAUCAGUCUCUGGACUUGGCUUAGCCACAUGGUUUGGCAUUGAAUUCAAUGCAGCUACUACUCAGAUCGUACCAUUCCUUACUCUUGGUAUUGGUGUCGAUAAUAUGUUCAUGUUACUACAUAACUAUCAUGAUGUCAUGUCACUAACCAAUCAACAUGAAAUCGGAAUACUUAUGCGAGAGACGGGAAUGUCCAUCCUCUGCACAUCAAUCAACAAUAUACUGUCAUUCUUAGCAGGUACAAUGCUGCCCAUACCAGCGUUACGGUCUUUCUGUGCUCAGAGCUCUAUAUUACUUACAUUCAACUUUAUUGCCAUUCUCACUUUAUAUCCUGCAAUAAUCUCCAUCGAUCUCCGGCGUCGAAAGGCUGGUAUGCGAGAUGUGUUCUGUUGUCUUCGUGGCGAAUCCCGGCAGGAAGCCUAUUCGAUGAUAACCAAACCUCAUUACCAGGAAAAACGCACUAUCGGUGAACCGAUGCCAAGAAUGAUGUCAUACAAAGAAAUGGAAGAAGAACCAGAACCCGAGCCGCUUUCACUUCACUCACUUAUUAAAAAAUAUUACAUUCCGUUCAUUACCAAGAAAUGUACGAAGAUCUUUGUCAUCGGCGGCUCAUUAGUGCUACUCUUUUUCUCUUUCAUUGGAAUGCAGCGAGGUGCGAUAGGACUGGAACUUAGCGAUGUUCUACCAGAGCAUACAGCACCGGCAAAGUUCCUUCAAGCCAGGGAUAAAUACUUUAGUUUCUAUCCUAUGUUCGCUGUAAUCAAGGGUCCAAACAUCGACUAUGCACGACAACAACACCAGAUCGACAACUACAGAACAGCGAUAGCUUCAUCCAAGUUUGUGAUCAAGACGAAGUCCGGGGAACCAUCGGAAAAAUACUGGCUGGGGAUGAUGAGGGAUUGGCUGGCUAGCAUUCAGAAAGCGUACGACGAUGAGAUGGCGCUGGGAAAGUUCAAUCUUACCGAUGGUGAGUUGAAAGGUAAUGUCAGUGAAGACGCUCUGAUUGCACACCGCCUCAUAUGUAGUGUGGGGAAUAAAUAUCAGUGCGAAGGAAGGGUAGGCAAGAUACGGCUGGUUGACGACAUGCAAACGAUCAAUCCAGACGGCUUUUUCAAUUAUUUGACAGCUUGGUACAACCAAGAUAACAUGAUGUAUUACGUGUCUCAAGCAUCGUUCUAUCCAACGCCACCAAAAUGGUCAAUAGCUGACAAAAAUGCCUCACUACUAGUUCCGCCCGCUGAGCCAUUGGCCUAUUCACAGAUUCCGUUCUACCUGACCGGUCUCACGGAUACGCCAGUUAUAAUUGAAAUGAUUAAGGAUAUUCGAUCAAAAUGCGAUUAUUUUGUCCAACAAGGACUUCCAAACUUCCCACAAGGUAUCGCAUUCACGUUUUGGGAGCAAUAUCUACACCUGACAUACAAUUUAAUGACGGCUAUCAUACUCAUAGCCUGUGCUGUAUUCGUGGUCAUUUCGAUUCUCUUGUUCAAUCCAUGGGCAGCGUUCAACGUAUUGCUGAUUCUUAUUGUGAUGACAGUCGAACUUGCUGGAUUUAUGGGCUGGGCAGGUGUAAAGAUGAAUCCCGUGUCAGCGGUGACAUUGAUCACUGCAGUAGGAAUUGGCGUUGAAUUCACUGCACAUGUCGUAUUGGCUUUCUUGACAUCACUUGGCACAAGGGCUGAAAGGACAUCAAGUGCCAUCGAUCGUGUCUUUGUACCUGUUAUUCAUGGCGCAUUGUCCACGCUAUUGGGUAUUCUGAUGUUAGGAUUUUCGGAGUUUGAAUUUGUGGUGAAGUACUUCUUUGUCGUAAUGUCAGCGCUCAUUGUAAUUGGAGUGAUUAAUGGUUUGAUACUGCUACCAGUGUUACUGUCAUUAAUGGGAGCACCUCAAGAGGUGUUUUCGAUUGAUGGCAAGGCACGUCUGAAUUUGCCUCCACCGCUUCGUCGCCGUGAAACAGAGAUCGAAGAAGACGACGAAGGGCUAAUGAUGACAACGCGUGGUGUGCGUCCAUUCCGCAACAUUGCAAUAUAA